UACACCCGCUCCUCUCAAGACGUUCUCGGCUCUCGUCAAGCAGUCGAAUCGCACCUCCUUUCUCUCCUCUCGCGGGGCCAGAAUCCAGUUAUUGAUCGGACUAAUGUUACUGUAGACCAGAGGAGCAACUGGCUCAGAUUAGCGGCUGACUGGCAGAAGGCGCAACAGAUCGCAGUUGAAGUGGAUGCCAUCUACUUUCAGACUGGAGUGGAAGAGUGUGCUAGACGACUCAAGGGACGAGUAGAGCACGAGACGAUCCAUUCGCCCGAGCAAGCGCUUCGGUAG